UCGGAGUCAGUACGCAAGCGCAUCUCAAAGGAAAACGUUUAUUCAUAAAAUUCAUCAGUGUAGUGUGUUAAGUGUCUUCUAGUGAAUACUGUGUGCUAAGAAGGGUUAUACAGAAUCAAAACAAAAUAUUUACACCAAUAGCAAAUAGGAUUUCAUGAAGCAGUGACGCAAAAGAUUAUCGCUGAUUGGUCAAUAUUUGAGACACUACAGCGCCACUCCGACCUUAUAAAUAUCGGCGUGAGCUCGCGCCGGGCCUCUUUUCCACAGUAUUAUUACGAGAGGGUUUAGUCGUGUUAUUUUGGUGGGCUAACUCUAAAUUCAGAAUGCCGGAAACCUCAAAAAUGAACGGCUACGCGAAAACAAACGGACACAGUUAUGAUAUGGAAGAUGGAUCAGUGUUCCUAUUCACAUCAGAAUCAGUGGGCGAGGGUCAUCCAGACAAAAUGUGCGAUCAAAUAAGUGAUGCUAUCCUCGAUGCACAUCUAUCCCAGGACCCUGACGCAAAAGUUGCAUGUGAAACAGUAACAAAAACGGGCAUGGUAUUAUUGUGCGGCGAAAUUACCUCGAAGGCUAACGUCGAUUAUCAAAAGGUUGUGAGAGAUACCGUGAAACACAUUGGAUACGAUGAAUCUUCCAAAGGUUUUGAUUGGCGAACACUAAAUUUGUUAGUGGCAAUAGAAGAACAGAGUCCCAACAUAGCCGAGGGGGUCUAUCAAGAUAGAGAUGAAUUGGAUAUUGGGGCAGGAGAUCAGGGAUUGAUGUUCGGCUAUGCUACAGAUGAAACAGAAGAAUGUAUGCCAUUGACCGUAGUACUUGCACAUAGACUAAAUCAGAAAAUAGCCGAACUCCGACGAAACGGUGAAUUUUGGUGGGCGCGUCCGGAUUCAAAAACACAGGUGACCUGCGAGUAUGUUUUCGCUGGCGGUGCUACAGUUCCUCAAAGAGUCCACACUGUUGUUGUUUCAUUACAGCAUUCUGAAAAGAUUGCAUUGGAGACACUGCGCAAAGAAAUCAGAGACAAAGUUAUCAAGGAAGUGAUCCCGGCACAAUACUUCGAUGAAAGAACAGUUGUUCACAUCAACCCAUGUGGUCUAUUCAUUAUUGGUGGACCUCAGUCGGACGCGGGUCUAACGGGGCGCAAGAUCAUCGUGGACACGUACGGCGGUUGGGGCGCGCACGGCGGCGGCGCGUUCUCCGGCAAGGACUUCACCAAAGUGGACCGCUCGGCCGCGUACGCCGCGCGCUGGGUCGCCAAGUCGCUCGUCAAGGCGGGCCUGUGCCGCCGCUGCAUGGUGCAGGUCGCCUACGCUAUCGGAGUCGCCGAGCCCCUAUCCAUCACAGUCUUCGACUAUGGCACAUCACACAAGACACAGCAGGAACUCCUCUCUAUUGUACAAAAGAACUUCGAUUUGAGACCGGGCAAAAUUGUAAGAGAGCUGAACCUGCGCGCGCCGAUCUACCAGAAGACGAGCACGUACGGGCACUUCGGGCGCGCCGGCUUCCCCUGGGAGAGCCCCAAGCCGCUCGUCGAGGACUGACUCGCGCGAGCCCUAUCUACUAAGUAUUCCCUAGCGUAGUGCGUAGGCGUAACGGUGCCGGCAUUUCUGACUUUGAGUUAGUUCGGGACCAGGGCGGCAGUUCGACCAUUCGGGCGCAACCCCUCCCCCCACCCUGCGCGUCAACUGUGUUAUUUAUGAAAUCGUGUCUCGUACCCCGCCCGCCUCGAAUGGUGAACUGCCAGUAAUCUCGAAUGUUUCAUAUUGAGCUUUUGUAUCGGUUGGGCGGCGCCGGCCCCGAGCGCGUCACAGUGGACCCCCCCGCUGCAACGCGGCGCUGCGGGCGACGCGACACUUAGCGUAAGUGUUCAUAAGCUCGUAAGUGUGUAGCGUCGUGUAGUUUGAUAAUGUUUUUAGUGUAAUUCAGCUCGCCUCGCGCGCGGCGCCAUUUGUGUUGUGUUUCCGAAGAGGAUCGAAAGUGGAAAAGAGCCGUUUCGAAAACACACCGACCCGUUCGGGGCGCGUUUGCAUUUACGACGCCGCCGACGUUUAGAUGAAGUCGCGAUUGAACUUUAUGAAUUUAGACGUUUAGCGUUUCGAUUAUUCCUAGUUCGGGUAGCGAUUGAUGUGAUUGUAUUUUUCGAUCUGUUUCGACCCGUUCGACUUUGAUGACUAACUCUCUAUGGAAAUAAAAUUUGUCACGAUGUGAAAUUUGAAAAUAAAAAGUGUAUUCUCAAUGAUUGGGAUUCGA